UCAUAUUUACUCGUGGCGUGGCGGUGGAAAGACGUCUCUCGACCCUCUCUCUUCUCUCUCUUCACUUCUCCCGUUCGUGUGGCCAAAAGGUGAGGCCAUUUUCCGCCGCCCUUGACCUGACCUGACCCUCGUCGCGGCCACUCGCUUUCCAGACAGGGAGUGACGCUAGUUGGUUAGAAAGAGAAGGAAGAAGUUAUGUGCCGAGUGUGAGCGUGGAGGACCAUGGCUCAGUGACGCGUGCCGGGCCACACCGGAGCGAGGAAGGAAGAAGGAAGGAAGGAAAGAAAGCGGACUAGGAGAAGGAAGGAAGGAAAGAAGGAAGUCUUCAACAGGAAAUAAGAGGAGGAGCUGGUGCGUGUGUUUUCCGGCGCUGUUUGCUUCCUCCUCCUCCUCCUCCUCUUCCUCUUCUUCUCCCAUCUCCCUCUCCCCUCCUUCGUCGUGGAGUGGGAAGGUGAUUCCGUAGAGUGCCGUGUGCCGUGAUUUUUGUUUUUAUUUCUGGGCUUUUUUCGGGAAAGGAAACCAGUGCUUGGUGAAAGAUCGAUGUGCCGAUAUAAGUUUGAAUUGUGAUUAGGAAAAAAAGAAGAAAAGAUAAAGAAAAUAAUAAGGGGAAGUGUGACCGUGUAUUUUGAGUGUUUUGGUUAAGAAGGAAAAUAAUAGAGAUAGUGAGUGGAAAGAAAUACCAAGUGAAGAAGAGAAGAGGAAAAAAAAGAUAAUAAUAAUAAAAAGCGAAAAGAGUAAGGGCAGGGGUAGCUCUUGCACCUGCCACAGGAAGUAGAAAUUCCUGCGAAAGAGAGAGAGAGAGAGAAGAGAAGAGAAGAGAAGAAAUCCUCUUUUUUCCCCCGUCGGUUCCCCCUUUUUUCCCUUCGUCGGCACCAUGACUGCGACGUUCGACCCCAACGACCGAGCCAGCUGGUACUUCGGGCAGAUGUCCCGCCAAGAUGCGACAGAUCUGCUCAUGAGCGAGAGAGACGGCGGGGUGUUCCUCGUGCGGGACUCCACCACCAUCCUCGGAGACUUUGUCCUCUGCGUCAGAGAGGACAACAAAGUGUCGCACUACAUCAUCAACAAGAUCCAGCAGGGCGAUCAGAUGCGCUACCGCAUCGGCGACCAGAUGUUCCCCGAUCUGCCGUCGCUCCUCAACUUCUACAAACUGCACUACCUGGACAGCACUCCGCUCAUCCGGCCCGCGCCCAAGCGCUGCGAGAAGUUCGUCGCCAAGUAUGACUUCGAGGGGAGUGAUCCCGAUGACCUUCCAUUUAGAAAAGGAGAAGUUCUGACCAUCGUUAGCAAAGACGAGGAGCAGUGGUGGACCGCCAGAAAUUCCAUGGGGCAGACGGGAUCCAUACCCGUGCCCUAUGUCCAGAAGUAUGAGGAAGGUGAGAGUAUUGCCAUUAACAUGACAACAAACAGAAGUAGCACGCAGUCCACAGACUCGACGCAGCGACCCAAACCAAGUCUCCAGCGAAAGUUGCCAGCCUAUGCACGAGUGAAGCAAGCAAGAGUUCCCAAUGCUUAUGACAAAACAGCCCUGAGACUGGAGGUUGGGGAUGUUAUCAAGGUCACGAAAAUGAAUAUUAAUGGACAGUGGGAGGGUGAACUUAAUGGAAAGGUUGGACACUUCCCCUUCACGCAUGUGGAGUUCAUUGACAGUGAAAACUCUGUAGAUGGAGACCCCAAUUAGGGCCCUGUGAAGAAUUUUUAAGUGUUAAGAACAUGUACUUUCUAGAUUAUUAUUAUAAUUAUUUUUUGUUUUUACCUUUUUAUUAUCAUAAUUAUUAUCUUUAUUAUUUUAUUAAGAAUAUACUGUGAGUAUGUAUCUAUAAAGUGUGUAUGGGUUUAAUAUUUGAGUUGAAUGUGAUAUGCAGGGCAUCUUUGUUUUGUAUUAGCACUACAAAAUGAAAAAAAGGUUGUAUGUAUGAAUGGCAAUGCUUUAAAUAUUUGGAUGGAGGACAGUAUUUUAGUGGGGGGAAAAAGUUUCUUCACAGUGGUUUGAUGGUUAACAAAAAAAAAAAGAGAGAAAAUCAUUGUAUAUCGUUUAAAAAAUAGUGAAUAUUUCAUAUAUUCAGACUUUACAAAUGACUGAGGUCGACAGAGUCCAGCUUUUCUUAUAGAAAUAUAUUUUAUGCUGAAAUUUGCCAAUGCAUGACCUUUUUUCUGACAAUAUCUCACAUCUUGUAUAUUUUAAUUACUUGCACAAAGCAAUCAUACCAGAUUAAAAUAUUUUUCCAUUUUCAUUUCUAUUUCUUCUUUUCUUUUAAUCAAAAUGUAGUGGAACAACUUUUCCUCCCAUCUGUUUUUGAUGGUCUCCAGAAAAUAAGCAAAAUGUAAUCUUUCAUUCCUGUGUACCAGUGCGUAAUUAUCAUAGAUAAAAAUCAGUACAGUGUAGUGCUUCAAUGACAACCAUCAUCACACACCAUUCUGAGUAGAUACCUCCUUUGGAAUUGUUGUCGCAGAAAGUUAUUGAACAUUUGGGAGUGCUAUGAACAAUGUUUAAUGUAGAUCUACUAUUGUGACUGCACUGGACUCUAGUGGAUGUAGACAUGCUCAAAUGUGUACUGUGAUUUAAAAAAAAAAGGGAAAAUUGUUGCUCUUGUGUGCAAAUUUCUAGCAUCCUCCCUGGAAAAGUGUUAGUUUGAUUCAGACUCCUGUUACAUCUUUUUUGGUGUUUCAAUAAUGUGUCAUUAUUUAGUACGCAGAGAUGUAUUAUAUGCUAAUAAAUUCAGCUACUGUGCAAAAAAUAAGAUAUAUUUAAUGUAAAUCCUAUUAAGUUGGGAAGCAAAAAUACAUGGCAUGUCCUCUG